AAGACGACACACUGCAGAUAAAACAUUAGCAGACAUACAGACACACAGCAAGAGCUUACAGUGCCACAACCUAUUCAAGCAUAACGGAUAAAGAGAAAAAGCUUACAGACAUCAUGUAUCCAGAAAUGAACAUGGCAAGAGAUCACGAUUUGUUAUUGAGCUGUAUGGACGAGCUGGUUGAGCGAGUGAAUGAAACCCGGCGGAUAUGUAAAGCUUUGCUUAACCGGGGUCUGCUGAAUGAGGACAAAUACAGGACCAUUGUAGCAUUUCCAAGGCCUCAGGAUAGAAUGAAACAGAUCUUGAAUGCUCUGUCUAGCAAAGGACAACAGGGAAGAGAAGCCCUUUACAGAUUACUACAAGAACAUGAGCCCGAGCUUACUCUGCAAAUGGAGCAUGCUGUUUAUGUGCAUACGGUUAGGCACAGGCUCAUUCAGUCAGUGAAGCAGGUGGAGCCAGUGGGCAACCGAAUGCUUAAUCACGGCCUGAUCACAGAAGAAGAGUACUUCCAGGUGUGUGAAGAGGAAGGAAGUGAGGCAAGGAUGAACGCCAUGUUCAGAGUUUUGGAGCAGCAUGGGAUGAAACAGAGCGAUGGUUUCUACAAUGCACUGUUCUACUGUGAGCCUUUACUCUACCGCGAGCUAGAAAAAAACAGAGUGCUUCAGAGCUGUAAACUAGACAACGGAAGCAACCAAUCAAUGCACCUUGUUUAUGAGGACAAGCUAGAAGAGCGGCUGAGAGAGGUGGAACGCAAAGAAAAGCAAGUGGAAAACGAGAAGCAGGAGCUGAGGAGAAAGUGGGACCUGUUAGAACAACGGCAAGCAGAGAUGGAUGAGGAGAGGAAACGGGUCUUUGAAAUGAAACAGGAACUUGAACAACUCCAGAGAAAGUGGGAUGAGACAAAGGAGAAUAUGAACUCUUCCUUUCUCACUGAAAGAGAAGAGCAGAGAAUCACAGGACAACGGGAACAAAUGAAUAUCAAUGGGUUCACCAUGCCAGUAAACGCAAACAACUAAUUGUCAAAUUAAUCAACACAAAAUCAUGUCAAUUACAUAUCUAUAUGAUAUCAUAAGCCCAUUCAGACUGUUAAUAUAAAAUUAUACUGUGAUUAUAUAUUUGUAAGUAUGAAAAUGCUUUUUCAUGCUUCUGUUAUAUAAACACUGUUCUGUUUAUAUUUAUUGAAGAGAUUGCAGCUUAAAAAGCUAUUAUUUUCAAUAAUUUGUCUCUUCACAUAGAAAAUACCUCAUGCAAAUAUGAUGAAACAUUUUAUUGUAAAUUUCACCUGAAAAAUCUUACUGAAUUAAG